UAUUUCUGCAAAGAACCAAAUUAGACCGAGACAAACAAACGCAGCUAGUCAGCAAACAAUCAAACUCAACAUCAUGGCAUUCAAGUUUAUUUUCGCACUUGCUUUCGUUGCUGCUGCCAGCGCUGGUUAUGCUCCCGCAGUUUAUCAUGCUGCUCCAGCUGCUUACCAUACCGCCCCAGUUCAUGCUGUCCAUGCUGCUCCCGUAGCUGUUGCCCAAAAGGUCGUUGUUAAGUCUGAAGAAUACGAUCCUCAUCCCCAGUACAAAUUCAGUUAUGGUGUUGAUGACAAAUUGACCGGUGACUCCAAGAGCCAAGUUGAAGAACGUGAUGGUGAUGUAGUCCGUGGUGAAUACUCCCUGAUUGAUGCUGAUGGUUACAAACGUACCGUUCAAUAUACCGCCGAUGCUGUCAAUGGUUUCAAUGCCGUUGUACACCGUGAACCUUUGGUCAAAUCUGUUGCCGUGGCUCCCGUUGCUCAUUAUGCUGCUCCCGCUACUGUUGUCAAGACAGUUGCUCCCGUAGCCCACUAUGCUGCUCCAGCUACUGUUGUGAAACAUGUUGCUCCCGUAGCUCAUUAUGCUGCUCCUGCUCAUGUUGUCAAGACUGUUGCUCCAGUUGCUACCCACUAUGCUGCUCCACAAUACGCCACCCACUACGCUGCUCCACAAUACGCCGCCCAAUAUGCUGCUCCAACUUAUGUUAAAACUGCUCCAGUUGCUCAUUACACAUCAUACGGUACACCCGCCGUUGCUUAUCAUCAUUAA